UCAUCAUCAUCAAAGCGAGAAACUGAUGAAGAUAAAAAGAAUUCUCAGCCGUUGAUUCCUGGAUUACCGGAGGAGAUCGCGGAGCUCUGUCUUACUUAUCUCCCGUAUCCGUACAUAGCAUUGGUACGUUCGGUUUCAGCUUCAUGGAACAAAGCCAUAAUAUCCCCUGCCUUCAGUCUCUACAGGAAAUCUCUUUCACUUUAUUUGCCUCAUCUUUUCGUUUUUGCUGUUCAUAAAUCAACGGCCAAGAUCCAAUGGCAGGCGAUGGACCUGCGAUCUGGCCGUUGGUUUGUUUUACCGCCCAUGCCAUGUCCCAAGGCUGUUUGCCCAAAGAGCUUUGCAUGUACAUCGAUUCCACGUCAAGGGAAAAUUUUCGUUCUCGGCGGUAUGCUCUCGGACACAGAGACUCCCAUGCGCUCCACUCUCAUCUACCGUACAUUAACAAAUCAAUGGUCGCUUGCGUCUCCAAUGCUCACAGCUAGAUCAUUUUGUGCUUCUGGGAAUAUUAAUGGUAAGAUCGUGGCCGUUGGCCGAAGUGGGUCCAACAUCGGUGAGUCAAUCACAGCCGCUGAAUGCUAUGACCCAGAGAAUGACACGUGGACGGAGCUUGCUAAAUUGCGUAUGGGGUUAGCUAGGUAUGAUUCCGCUGUGGUAGGGCACAAGAUGUAUGUCACCGAAGGGUGGACAUGGCCUUUCAGGUCAUCACCAAAAGGUGGGGUCUACGACUCCCAGAGGGACGCCUGGCAGAUGAUGAGUGAUAAGAUGAGAGAAGGGUGGACAGGGAUCAGCGUGGUUCUGGAUGGUAGGCUGUUUGUGAUAUCAGAACAUGGUGACUGUCCGAUGAAACUGUACAUGCCUGAAUCCGACACGUGGCAGUACGUGGGUGGGGAUAAGUUACCACGUGGAGUAAUGCAAAGGCCAUUCGCUGUGAGCGGAGUGGAAGGAAGAAUAUUUGUGUUGUCAUCUGGACUAAAUGUGGCAAUAGGAAGAAUUUAUGAUGAAGCAGAUGGAAAAUGUUGCGCAGAAUGGGAAGUUGUGUGCGCCCCAAAAGCUUUCAAGGAAUUUGAUCCUUUUAGCUGUCAAGUGCUUUAUGCCUAGCCAGAGGUUUUGAAUUAUUAUGUUUUUGUAUUAUUAAUGAUUAUUAAAACCAGGUUGCCUAACUUGGUAUUGGUUUUUGUUUCUAUUAGGCGAGAUUUUCUUUUAUAAUCUGUAUUGCCUAAUUUCUUUUGAAUUUGUAACUCCGAAGCUACAGCUGGAGUUUGUCUAUAUGCAGUUUGGAUGACUAUUAUAUAACAUCCUGUAAUGUAAUCUUAUUGCUUUGCUAUGAAAAUUAUGGGUUGUGAUUAA